UCCUAUCCAUGCAUUGUGUCACACUGACAAUAACGUAGUGACGUCACCAUCUAUGUAUAGAAUGCCUAUCCAUGGACACGUGAUUCAUUGCACAUGACACAUGCACAAAACAAAUUAAAAUGGAGAACCGACUGUUGUUGAUGAUCUUUUUGAUUCAAGCUGCCUCAGCAAUAGACAGCUUGCGGUUCCUGGCAGUGGGAGACUGGGGCGGGCUACCAGACUACCCGUAUGACACCCCUGUGGAGACUGCAGUAGCCCAGCAGAUGGCUGCAGUGACUGAAGCAUACCAGUCCAGCUUCAACCUUGCUCUUGGGGAUAACUUCUAUUUCGAUGGCGUAACAGAUGUUGAUGAUAAACGAUUUCAGGAAACAUUCGAGAAUGUGUACAAGUACCCUUCUCUUAUGAACCCUUGGUAUCUUGUGGCGGGAAAUCAUGAUCAUCAUGGCAACGUGUCUGCGCAGAUUGCCUAUUCACAGAAGUCAAAACGAUGGAACUUUCCCAGUUACUACUAUGGCCUAUCUUUCCCCAUCCCUGGUGGCAAGAAGGUGGACAUUAUCAUGAUUGACACUGUCCUUCUGUGCGGCAACACCGGAUAUGACGUCGAAGGUGACCAGCCACACGGACCCACAAAUAUCAAGGCGUCGGAUGAUCAGUGGACGUGGAUUGACCUUCAACUGCAGUCAUCAAAUGCUGACUACCUGCUAGUUGCCGGCCAUUACCCGGUUUACUCCAUAGCAGAACACGGACCCACGGACUGUCUAGUGCAGAGACUGAAGCCAAUGUUGUACAAGUAUGGAGUGACAGCCUAUCUGUGUGGACAUGACCACAGCUUGCAGCACAUAAGCAGUCAGGAGGGGGCGCAAACAGUGGAAUACUUCGUAACGGGAGCUGGUAACUUUGUUGACACAACUACUAGUCACCAAGGCGACAUUCCCAAAGACAGCCUGAAAUUUCAUUGGGCUGAACUUGCUGACCUGGGAGGGUUCUCGUAUAUUGAAACCACGCCACAAAAUAUGACCAUGACAUUUGUGGAUGGGAGAAAGAAGCCGCUCUAUACAUACACAAUGCUCCCUAGAAAGUAAAUGGGGAUUUGCAUUACAUUCCAUAUUUGUGGAUUAUGAAAUGGAACAAUAUUUUGCUAUGGCAUAAUUUCAGAAACAAUUACUAUAUAUACUGCUAAUCAGCAUUAGGUAUUUUCUUUAAUUAUAUACCGUUAUUUGUUAAAUGAUUUGUUUCACGUAUGUUGUGAUUCAAAAUGUAUAUUAUUGCCAUUCUAAAUAAACAAAUGCAGUGACCACAAGAAGUGUCAAGAAUACAAUGUUGAAUGUUCUUCAUGAGGUUGCAGUUCUACCUUUCUGGUGUAUCACUCACUCUAGGCUGAUUUAUUGAUUAGUUUGAAAACUUUUUUGUGUAGCCUGUGAUAUGUACAUAUUUUUUAAUUAACAAAAUCUUAGGUUUGAUUUUCUGCUUAUGACAUUACUAUGUGCCAAAUGUUGAAGGAUCUUAUGGUGGCACGCUAAUUAUGUAGUAUUUAUUUUCAUGUUAAUAUUUGUUUGUUUGUUUGAAGCUCAAGCGAGCACAAUGUGCUCAUGGUGAGCUUUUGUGAUCACUUUUUGUCUAACAUGCAUCAUCACAAUUUACCUUGUGAACGCUCUAGAGGGAGAAAAUGCACAUUGAAAAAUAUUCUCAAAACUUGGUCAGAUCAAUCGUCCAAUAAGUCCAAUAAUAUCUCUAAUAAGUUAGAAACAGAGUAAAGUGGGGUUAAACCUACCGGUAGGUAAUGAGGUCAAAUGAUAGAAAAGUCUUGUGAACACUCUGGUGGCCGCAUUUUAAGCACCUUAUUUAUUAGACUUGCUCAGAACAUAUGUCUCAAUGAUAUCUCAGUAGGAUUUAAAACUGGGUCACAUUGUAUUAAAAACCUGGUCAGUUUAUGCUUAAUAAACUUUUUAUCUUCAAAUUAAAACAAGGCUACCAAGUGGCUGUGCAGUUUUUCUUCUGUGGGUUUAGUAUAAGAUUGUGAACACUAUAGAUGUCGCAUUAAUUUCACAUAUCAAUGAAAUUUUAUCAGAACAUUUUUUAUGUCCCCCACUAUAGUAGUGGGGGACAUAUUGUUUUUGCCCUGUCUGUUGGUCUGUCUGUUGGUCUGUCUGUUGGUAUGUUGGUCUGUUUGCGCCAACUUUAACAUUUUGCAAUUACUUUUGCUAUAUUAAAGAUAGCAACUUCAUAUUUGGCAUGCAUGUGUAUCUCAUGAAGCUGCACAUUUUGAGUUGUGAAAGGUCAAGGUCAUCCUUCAAGGUUAGAGGUCGAAUAUAUGUGGCCAAAAUCGCUCAUUUUAUGAAUACUUUUGCAAUAUUGAAGAUAGCAACUUGAUAUGUGGCAUGCAUGUGUAUCUCAUGGAGCUGCACAUUUUGAGUGGUGAAAGGUCAAAGUCAAGGUCAUCCUUCAAUGUCAGAGGUCAAAAAUAUGUGGCCCAAAUCGCUUAUUUUAUAAAUACUUUAGCAAUAUUGAAGAUAGCAACUUGAUAUUUGGCAUGCAUGUGCAUCUCAUGGAGCUGCACAUUUUGAGUGGUGAAAGGUCAAGGUCAUCCUUCAAGGUCAGAGGUAAAAUAAAUGUGGCCCAAAUCGCUUAUUUUAUGAAUACUUUUGCAAUAUUGAAGAUAGCAACUUGAUAUUUGGCAUGCAUGUGUAUUUCAUGGAGCUGCACAUUUUGAGUGGUGAAAGGUCAAGGUCAUCCUUCACAAGGUCAAGGUCAUUCUACAAGGUCAAACAUCAUAUAGGGGGACAUUGUGUUUCACAAACACAUCUUGUUUCUAAUGAUAUCGCUUUAAUGUCUAUUGAAAAAAUGGCUGCAUUGAGGGGGGCAGGUGGCAGCUUUCCUUUAAUGGUUUUAGUAUAGUAUUGCCCACACUCAUAGACAAUGGGUUACAUCUAUAUCCCUAUUAUAAUGAAACUUUUGUCUCAAUCCUGAAGUUUGUAUAAAUCGAGAUCUAAAAUCUGUUUAAAAAAUAACAGCUGACAGGGGGCUGGGAAGGUGUCUUUAUAUGGCUAUGGUAAGACGCUGUGAACAAUCUAGAGGUCACACUUAUUGCCCAGUCUUCUUGAAACUUGUUCAUAACUUUUUUCCCAAUGAUAUCUUGAAUAAAACUGAAUUGUAGCUCAAUUACUAGAUCGCUACGUUUAAUUAAAUGUAACAUGUUUGAACACUCGAGAGGCCACAAUUGUUGUCCAAUCUGGAAACAUUUUGUUGAUUUUAUUCAAAUGCUAUAUAGGCUAAGUAUUAAACUGGGGUCAAAACUUGGUCACUAGGUCGAACUAAAGAAAAAGCUUGUGAACAUUCUUGAUGCUACAUUUAUUGCCAAAUCUUAACCAAACAUGUAAUUCUUUAGAUCAGUCUAAGAAUCGGUCUUUGUGAUAUCUCAGUCCUGUCCAGACUGGGUAACAGUUGCAAAAACUAGGUCACUUUGUCAAAUUAACGAAACAUAUUGCAAACAUUCUUUGCCCAAUCAUCAUGGAAACUUAAGGUUUCAGAAUAUUAAGCAAAGUUUUUUAAUUGUUCUUGAAACUUGGCAAAACAUGAUCAAUACAGUUCAAUCACUGAACUGUCGAGGGACCCUCGAUCUCAGUAGAGCGACUUUGGACUCUAGUUUACAAGUGCAAUACAGAGGAUAUUUGUUGGAAAGUUAUUUUGAUGUGUGUUUUGUAUUUGUUUUAAUUCUUGAUAUUCACAUAUCUUGCGCAAACAUCAUUAUGCUCAUAUCGUGUUUAUACAAACAUGUUGAAUAGAGUUCAACUCACCAGAUGUUUGAAUUUGUUUUCUAGUUAAUAAAUUCUUAUGCUGUUUGUGCUUAGAUUAUACGAAUAAAUUCUUAUGAAUGUAA